GCUACUGCCUAAACAAGCAAUAAUCCACUCCACCCGGAAAAAGACACCACAUCGCUACAAGCGAACACACAACAACGCUGCCCUUACUCAUCCGAAGAAGCUAUAUCUGCUGAUUCCAUCGAUUUGACACUCACCGAAGCACACACACACAUCGUGUGUGGUAGUUGGGCAAACAGAGAGCACACAGCCGAAGGAAAAAAUGACUGCGCCUCGACGUCUUCGAAAAGAGCUGUGCGAUUUGCAAGAUAAUACAUUGAAAUCCUUCCGCGACAUUAAGGCCGACGAUGAGAACCUGCUGCGCUGGACUGGCCUGAUUGUACCCGACAAUCCGCCGUACAACAAGGGCGCCUUCCGCAUCGAGAUCAACUUUCCGGCCGAAUAUCCGUUCAAGCCGCCAAAAAUAAGCUUCAAGACGCGGAUCUAUCAUCCCAACAUCGACGAGAUGGGGCAGGUCUGUCUGCCAAUCAUCAGCACCGAGAACUGGAAGCCGGCUACGCGCACGGAGCAGGUUGUCCAGGCUCUGAUAGCCCUCAUCCACGACCCUGAACCCGAGCAUCCACUUCGCGCCGAGCUAGCCGAUGAGUUCCUCAAGGACAGAAAGAAGUUCGUCAAGAAUGCCGAGGAAUACACCAAGAAGCACAGCGAAAAACGUCCGGCGGAUUAGUGCUGUGGCCAUGGCGAGCCGCCAACAAACAACAAAC